GAACGAGCGAAAGCUCCGAAACUCGACAACGACGCUCAGUCCGGGGCCCAGCAAUUGCGACGCCGUUGAAACCGAUCAACGCUUGCCAAUUGCUCGACAUAGCCGCAGCCAUGGCAAGCAAGCUGACCCCCUUCCUCACGCGGACGGUCGCCCGGACGGCGAGCCGGGUAGCGCGGCCAAUGGCGCUGCCGACCCGCGCGUUCUCGCUCUCGGCGAGGAACCAGAGCGACACCCUCAUGGUGCACCGCAACACCCCCGACAACAACCCCGACAUCCCCUUCAAGUUCACCGAGCAAAACGAGCGCAUCAUCGCCGAGAUCCUCAAGCGCUACCCGCCGCAGUACAAGAAGGCGGCCGUGAUGCCGCUGCUCGACCUGGGCCAGCGCCAGCACGGCUUCACCAGCAUCAGCGUCAUGAACGAGGUGGCCCGCAUCCUCGAGAUGCCGCCGAUGCGCGUCUAUGAGGUGGCCACGUUCUACACCAUGUACAACCGCACCCCCGUCGGCAAGUUCCACGUCCAGGCCUGCACAACGACGCCGUGCCAGCUGGGCGGGUGCGGCAGCGACGCCAUCGUGCAGGCGAUCAAGGAGCACCUGGGCAUCAAGCAGGGCGAGACGACCAAGGACGGGCUCUUCACCUUCACCGAGGUCGAGUGCCUGGGCGCCUGCGUCAACGCGCCCAUGGUGCAGAUCAAUGAUGACUACUACGAGGACCUGACGCCCGAGACCAUCAAGUCGCUGCUUACGGCCCUCAAGGAGAGUGUGACGGACGUGAGCAAGGCGCCCAAGCCGGGCCCGCAGAGCGGGAGGAAGACGUGCGAGAACAGCGCGGGCAUCACGAGCCUGACGAGCGAGCCCUGGGGGAUCGAGAAGACGAGGGACGAUUUGUAGACUAACCGAUCCAUUCUAGGUGGCCGAUGGGAGUGGGAAAGGGGUGAGGGGGGUGGGUGAUGGACGGAUGUACAAAAUCAAGAGUCAUCUGUGUGUAUUGACAACAAAAUAAAGAAAAAGAAGCCUUACAACUUUCCGUUGGGU